CACUAAUUUUUCUUUCCUUGCUCAGCACAAACGACCUCGCCUCACCUCACCUCACCUCGCCUCCGGCCGCCCUCCAGCCGCACAUCCCGCACAUCCCGCAGACCCUUCCCGUACCUCCCGCGCCGACGAAUCCUCUCCCGAAUCCGCGCGCAGCGGCGAAUCCGCCUGCCCGCCCGCCCGCGCACCCCCAGCCGGCACCCAGCACCAUGCGCCGCUAAGGGGUUGUUGGCCCACAGCUAGCGAACAUGGGGAAGCGGAGGAAGGUCGCGCACCACGCCCGGCCGCCGCCGUCGAGGCCCGCCACCGGCAGCCAACCGCAGAAGAGCCCGAAGAGGAAUCCUCCGCCGCCGCCGCCGCCGCCGCAGCAGCAGCAUCGGCAAGGCACUGCGGCGUCGCCCUCGAAAGGGGGGCCCGGUCAGCGGAGAUCGCAGGGCGCGCCGCCUCGCGACGCGCCCACCAUCCCGUUCGCGCCCGAGCACCGGAUCCUGCUGGUCGGCGAGGGCGACCUGAGCUUCGCGGCGUCGCUCGUCGAGCACCACUUCUGCGCGGACGUGACGGCGACGGUGCCGGAGAAGAGCCUCGACGAGCUCGCGGCGAAGCACGCGGACGCGCGGGCGAACGCGGCCAAGGUGGAGGCCGAGGGCGGGCGGGUGCUGUACGGGGUGGACGCGACGAAGAUGGCGCCGUUCGUGGCCAAGAAGCCGUCCUCCGCCUCCUCGAACCGCCACCACAACGCCGCCGCCGACGACGGCAGACCCGCACCGCCGGCGGGCCGCAUGGACCGGAUCCUGUUCAACUUCCCGCACGUCGGGGGUAAGAGCACGGACGUGAACCGGCAGGUGCGCCACAACCAGGAGCUGCUGGUGGGCUUCUUCGGGCGCGCGGCGCCGUCGCUGGCCCGCGGCGGCGCCAUCGUCGUGACCCUGUUCGAGGGCGAGCCGUACACGCUGUGGAACGUGCGCGACCUCGCGCGCCACUGCGGCCUGCGCGUCGCCCGCAGCUUCGCCUUCCGCGCCGACGCCUACCCGGGCUACCGCCACGCCCGCACCCUCGGCGCCCUCCGCGGCGGCGGCCGCGGCGCCUGGCGCGGCGAGGACCGCCCCGCCCGGAGCUACGUCUUCGUCCGCAAGGACGACGACGGCUAUGGUGGCGGCGACGGCGGCGGCGAGGCCGCGCACCCCCCGAGGGGCAAGAAGCGCGCUAGGCGCGACGGUAGCGGCUCCGACGACGACGAUUGACGGCCGCGCGGCAGGCGGCUUACGCUCCCCGCGCCUCCCGCGCUUCCGAAUAAUGAUGAUACGUACAUCCGUGUACUUCCCACCGACGAGGGGGUGGGGAGGCGGAGAGGCAGUUUUU